AUGGAUCAGUGGGGACAGCAUCAACUCGGUCCGACUCUAGGCAAUGCCACAAAAGCAGUCGACGAUUUCGGGAAGGAUAAGCUGCGACUGGCGCUCAGUGAAGUUUGCAAGAACCUGGACGGAUUUGGCAAGACGAAGCUGGGCCCUGUAUUAGUAGGCACAGGAGCCGCUUUGGAAGGCUUUGGAAAGAACAAGCUAGGACCCGCUCUCAGUGAAGUUGCAAAGGCUGCGGAUCAUUUUGGUCAUCAUCAUCUUGGACCUGCUGUUGGAGGAUUGGAUCCUGCAUUGGGGGAAACCGCAGCGGCUCUUGAUGACUUCGUUGCGACCUGCUUUCGGCCAAGUAGUAAAGACAGCAGAUCAUUUCGGCCAGCACCAACUUGGACCAGCACUGACAAGCUCUCCGGAGAAUCUGGCAAGUGGAUCAAGGAGCACCCCGGACGGACAGCUCUUCUUGCUACUAGUGUGGCUACAAUAGCUGCACCUAGUAUCGUGAGCGGACCUUUACUCUGGGCUUUCGGAUGUAGACGUACUAGUACACUAGGAGGAUCGGCAGCAGCUGUGGUUCAGUCUACGGUGGGCAAUCUAGCUGCUCGAGGAGCAACUGGCAUGGCUUUGCAAGACAGCGCUACAUUUCCUGAACACCAGUUUAAGACACACAUUCUCCGAAUUCAAGUAUUGUCAGUAUCAAUAGGAGCAUAA